AUGGAUCCGCCGCCGGCUGAGGCUUCUAGGCGUGGCGCCGCCGGCAGAGGAGGCAAUACCAGCAAGACCCGCGGCCGGCUUGGACUGAAGAAGGCAUCCGCUCGUGCGCCGUCACCACCUCCAGGUUGUUCCUCCCCAGCGGCGCCAACUCCCUCCCCCACCGCGCCGACUCCCACCCCCACCGCGCCGACUCCCACCCACACCGCGCCGGCGGCAGGGCAAGCUCCUGGAUCCCUUCCUGCGCCGAUAUUUCCACUGCAAGGAGCAAGAUGGGGCUCCAUACCUCCCAAUUUUGCACAAGAUCCUAAUUCAUGGGUGAAAGCAACUACUGGAAUCUCUGGGGUGCAUGAUUGGUUGAAGAUUGGACGUGAUGAUUGGUUGAAGAUGAGCUCUAUCGGAGAUGUAGACAGGUGCACAGUGUAUGUGUCACUGGCGCCUGGGAUGGAGGAUCCCGCAAGGGAGGAUCCGCCGAUAGAGGACGCUGCACGGUGUGAUCGCACGGCGUCGGAUGUCAACCCCGACCACGCCGUCGGACAAAGGGCGGCCGAGCCUGCUUAUGCUGCUGAAGACGCGGCGCCGCAGACAACAGAUCAGCCUGCGGCGGCAGCUGCUGCUACAGGCAUCGAGGGAGAGUCUGCUCCGUGCUCAAGGUGA